GGAUUCUUGACCCAUCCUCAGCAAACAGUCCCGGUUGACGCUACCGAAGAACGAUGCAGUGCGAGUGUCGACUCUGAUGCCUCCUUGGCGAACUGCUCGUCUUAUGCCAUCGUUACCAGCGUAGACUAUCUUGGCGCCAACGGACAGGUUACAUGCCAAUGAUCGAGACUCCAUGGAUUGUGUCGUUCUAUCCCCAUGCAUACGGACAUUACUUCAGUAGUGGUGAGUGCCAGGCAUGGAUAGCGCCUUUUUAUUAUUCCGAGCCCGGGAUGAAUGACGUUGCAUUGCGAAUCUGUUUGAGCUCGUUGGAUAACGGAGGGCGAAAUGAAUCCACCAUGAUUCUAGCUCAGAUCGCCGUAUGUGGUGGGGUUGACGGUAACAUCACCUCUGGCGAUUGUCACGCUGCGCUUGACGACCCCUCGUACACUGGUUUGGGUUUUCACGGUGCUUCGGAAGCCGUCAUGGCCAAUCCGCCUUUGAAUCUUUUUAUGACUAUGACCAUAAGCACCGCGUCCCCCGUCUACGAUUUGAAGAAUAGCUCUGUCAUGGAUAUGGAAUCUCAUACAACAUACCUCGAAUCUCUUAGCUCAUCUCUCAACGAAUGUGGUCAGGAUUGAUGAAUCUUACACUUGAUAGCUGGUGGGCGGAACGCUCCCCUCCUUGUUUCUAUUGACACAGAUGGUUUUCGAAACUUCACGUUUUCCGUAUAUGACGGAGCAUACGGAAAUGUAUCCGAUGUGUUCUCUGUCCCGAAUGCUAUGAUAAACACGAUGGUCCGUCUAAUAAGCACCAGCAAUCCACUCUAUUCUCAAUGUGAGAAGAAAAAGGAUCAACAUUCUUAUG